AUGGAGCUGGAAUAUUUGAAACAUGUUAAAGUACCAAGAUGGUUACACUGUGAUAGCGGAUUUGAGCACAUUUCAUUGCAUUUUUUUUGCGACGCAAGGAAACUAGACUAUUCUGCGGUUGUUUUUCAACGAGUUGAUAGUGGAAACUCUGCACACAUACAACUGGUGCAGAGUAAAACUAGAAUUGCACCUUGUGUAAAAAAGGAGACAACUAUUGCAAGGUUGGAACUUCUUGGUGCUGCUAUAUCUGCUCGUCUUUCUUCCACUGUCUUGAAAGAGUUUCCAACAGACAAUGUUUAUUUCUGGACAGACUCUACUACAGUGCUGGCUUGGUUGAAGAAAGAAGAACCGUGGGGUGUAUUUGUUUAUAACCGGGCUCAAGAAAUUUGGAAGCUGACACCAGUCAAAGCCUGGAGACACGUUCCUGGAUCACUGAAUCCAGCGGACUGUCCGAGUAGAGGGUGUUCAGCGAAGCAGUUUUGCAAUUCGAAAUCGUGGGAAGGUCCCAGUCGGUUGUAUCUUUCAUCUCAUGAAUGGCCUGUUAGUGAUGUGGUAGUAGAUGUCAAUGAGGAAGAAGUGAAUAAAGAGAGAAGAGCUAUCGUGACCUCUAUGGUGAAUAUUCAAACAGGUAUUAAGAGUGAUUAUUUUUCCACCUAUAGUAGGAACAUUAGAGUAGUGGCAUGGAUUCUACGUUUUAUUCAUAACGUUUCAAAUGCAACCAAGUUAAAAGGAAGCUUAGUCUAUGAAGAAUUCAGGCAAGUAGAGAUUUUGUAUUUCAAGUCCAUGCAGUCAAAUGCCUUUCAAGAUGAGAGAAUUCUUUCUAAAAUGCAAGCAUUUAAAGAUGAGGAUGGGCUUCUGAGAAUAAGAACCAAACUAGCAGAUAAUUGUGAGAAGGAAGAUUUCAAAUUCCCAAUUCUCUUACCUGCCAAUGAUGUCGUAGUGAAAUUAAUUCGAGAAGAGCAUAUAAAAGCAAUGCAUGCAGGCUCUUCGAUAUUACUCGCCCGGCUUAGAGAGAAAUUUUGGAUAAUUAGAGCCAAAAGAUUAGUAAAGCAGGUUCUUUCUGAGUGUGUGAUUUGCAAGCGUUAUAAAGCUAAACAUGUUGAAGUGCCCUUCGCUCCACUGCCUAGAGAUAGAGUUACUCAGACAAAGGUAUUUGAAGUAACAGGUGUAGAUUAUGCAGUCCUCUUUAUCUUAAGUCGAAAGGAAAGGCCUCGAUUGUUUUAUUUACUUCUGCUGUCUACAGAGCAGUGCAUUUUGAAUUAG